AUGGCCGAUAUUUUAAUCCUUGGGUCAGACCACCAACCUCCUUCCGAUAUUCGCUCAGCAACUAGCAGGAAUGUUCAGUGCUCGAUGAACCUUGGUUAUGUCCGGGCCGAGAUCAAGCUUCUUGCGGUUGUCAUUUUCUGCAAGCAGAAGACGGAAGUCAGUCAGAUACACAGCAAAGAAUUCCAAAAAGACUAUAGCAUAUCAAUGGGGAACGAGUGGACCGUCGUCGACCUCCUAUUCCCAUUUGCUGCUGAAUUCAAACACGUCUGUAUGCCACACAUGAUCACCUUGACUCAGACUGUCAAAAAGCUUGGCGUUGCACAUGUGAAAUUGAGCAUACUUUUCGUAGCACCUCGCCUCUAA